GCGGAGUCUAACGAAGUAGGUGUGGUUUCACACGUUAAAACAAAAUGGCGAGUGAGUGGUCUAAUAGACUCGACAAUCCAGACUUAAGAUGCAAGAACAAGUGUGGGUUUUAUGGGAACCCAAUGUACCAGGGCUAUUGCUCGAAAUGCUACAAGGAAGUUGUCAGCCAUGAAGGGAAGCCAUCUAAGACUCCUGCUCCUGUCGCUAAAGGACAAGAGAGUGAUGCAGGUGCUGAAGGACUAGGUUUUGCCAAGUUUACGAGGCGUAAAACCUUAUUUAAUAGUGCUAAAGGGCAUGGAAAGAUUUUUAAAGCUCCUUUGAAGAUUCGACCAAACAGUAACAGUGGGGCACAGCCAUCACAAGAAGAGGAACCAUCCAAAAGUGCUAAAACCAGGAGAUCUUCCGAUUCAUUCAACGAGUUUAUGAAGACGCUCAAGAAGCCAGCUGCCCAGGACAUAGUCCAGCAUUUAAAAAGUUUUAAGAGGCAGAUUGUUGAGAAGUCGCCUACUGCAACUAUUGAAGAAUUGAGUGACUUAGUGCAAGAAUUCUACAGAUCCACCUCUGAGAGGUUGGUGACUCAUCCUUUAUUUAAGACUAUGAGUGAUUUGGAGCAAGAGGAGACUAUGGAUGGGAUAGAGAAACACCUCACCACUUCCAUAUAUCGCUAUGUUUUUGCUCCUCCGUCAUGCGAUGAUGAUAUAAAGGAUCUGUUGUUUGUUCGGAGGAUUAACAUGUUGCACUGGCUUGAACCGUCUAUACUUGAUGUAACCCUUGACCUGAGCAACAUUGAAGUACAGGGAAUAGUAGCACAAGCCAGACAAGAACUGUGGAAUGUUGAAACAAGGAAGGCCCCACAGGAUAAACUUAACUGUAUAACAAAGAGUUGUAAGCUGUUGCUAGAUGCUCUAAGGAUAUCUCAUGGUGGUCCGGCUAGUGCUGAUGAGUUUGUUCCUGGUCUCAUAUUUCUUGUAAUACACACCAGUCCACAGCACCUCCAGUCAAAUAUAAAUUACAUAACAAGAUUCAGUAAUCCUAUGCGAGUCAUGUCUGGCGAAUGUGGAUACUACUUUACUAAUCUGUGUGGUGCAGUUACUUUUAUCGAGUCCAUUUCAGCCGAUAAACUUAAAAUGUCUGUAGAAGAUUUUAACAAUAAGAUGGGUUACGUUAAUGGUAAGACAGAUGCUGAUCUGUUAAUAGAGGAAUACGAUGACGAAGAAAUGGUUGAAAAUAUGACGAUAAUCGAAUCUUGUUGUGAGGCAGUUGAGAAGAUCAACGAAAGGCUACAAGAGAUGUCAAACGAAACGGACGUGAUGAUGUCCCGUCUUGACGAGCUGAAGACAGGCGUCAGGGAACAGGUCCAGUCGGUUCUCUCCGGCCCUCCCCCUCAAAGUCUCUAUAAGAAGAAACUCUCACCGGUCGUCUCAAAGGCAUCCCAUCUUCCCACUAGCACACCCUCUCCUCAAAUAUCGCCACGAGUACCUCAUUACGUUAGACCACCCCUUCCUGUUAACCCAAUGACAUCCUCAGGAACUUAUUAUCCACCACCCACUAACAGGAUGGCUAAUUAUCAACAGCCCAUGCCCCAAGCUCCUUAUUAUCCUGGUCCUCCUGGUUAUGUACCUCGUCCAGGUUCCUACGUACCUCCCCCUGGUGCUCACGCCCCUCCUGUUCGGUCAUAUUUUCCUCCUCCUAAUUUCCCUUUUCCACCUCCUGGUGCUCACGUACCUCCUCCUGCUGCUAUUGGGGUUCCUCCUCCGGCAGUUUCUGGUUCCCAUACUCUUGUUCCUGGUACCGACGGUUCAAGAUCCAGGACCCAGAGCUCACCGAAUAUCACGCAUACGUCGUCCCCGCCCCCUCUAAUGAGAUUCAAUUAAUUGUAAUAUUUAUUAUUAUUGUUGUGAUGAGAAGAGAAUUACGAGGGCUGGUCCUCAAUUUUUAGUUUUAAAUAAUAAUUAAAAACUUUAUAUCAAAAUCUCAAAAGAAUCAAUC